AUGUGGAUACAUCCAAGACCACAAUAUUCAAUUACACCUUUGUGGUCGGUGUUAUUGGAGAAUCGAUACUUUGCAAUAUUGAAAUCAAAGUCUGGUAGUAGUUUGUUGGGUAGAAUCGCUGGUUUGGCUGUGCAAGCUAGUGAUGCUAAUCCUCUGACCUAUAGGAUAGUCUAUCUGACAAAGUCUACACAGGUCAUUGCAGUCAGUGAAUCACUCGAUUUGAUAAAAGAACAUUGGGUACUGUUGGAGCGUGAUAUAGUGCCGCGACUCGACGAGCACGAAUGGGAUGUUCGCGAUCAAUUCGUAAUCUCAAAGAUCAUCGGAAUGGUACAAUCAACAGACGAACACGAAGCAGAUCAAAACGAUGAACGUUCACUCAUUGAAUUCAAACAACAAUUCGUUCAACUCGAAGAAAGAUUACUUACAUUGCAACAUAUCAUUUUACCAUUCGAUAAGAUAACAGCUAUCACAAAAGAGUCAGCACUUGGAUUCCUACCUAAUACAAUUAAAAUACAAGCAUGUGUUGGUCCAGAUAUUAAAACUGAAAAAAAGUUUUUAUUUUAUAUUGUACUUAGAGAUCAUGCUUAUGAUCUAAUGGAACAACUUUGGCGAUUGUGUAUAGAUGAACUCUAUCAGAAACAACAAGAUAGUAUUGAACUUAGUCAUAAUAGCAAUAAUUAUAAUAAUAAUAAUCAAAGUGAAUCUAGUAACGCUGCUAUGACAUUGGAGGAUCAAUCAAGUCCAACACUAAGAGCAACCAAACAGAAAUUAGACAUUGAAAAGAACAAUAGAAAUUUUCAAAGAUUCUUCAAGUUACCUGAAAAUGAAGAUUUAUUACAAGUUCAUGCAUGUUGGAUUGUAAGGAAAAAGAAUGCAUUGUUGGGUGAUUUAUAUUUGAGUGCCAAUUUCUUUUGUAUAAAAUAUAAGGAGUCAUUCUCCUCAAAGAAAUACACUACGGUUUUGCCUAUUGCAAAAAUAGCAUCGAUACAGAAAACUAAACCAUUCCUGGGAUUCUCUUUCAUCUCGGAUACACUGGAGAUCACAACUACAUGUGGACGUGUCAUAAGUGUUCGUUUGUUCCAUUGUGACGAAGCAUUACAAACCAUGUUGAAAUACUCUCAGCAUCAUAUCAGUAAUAAUAACAACUUUAAUAACAAUAAUAUCAAUAACAGUCCUUCUCAUCAGAGACAAGCUUUACAAAUUGAAUCGAUUGGCGUUGGAUGGUUCGCUCAGGAACCCGGUUUGAAACAUGAAGAUCCAGAGAUUCUAAAGGAUAAGGUCUAUGCAUGGAAUAAAUACUUUACAAAGCACGGUGAAGAUACCACCAUGUCGGUAACGAAUCGACUUACCAAGUUGAUUCGUCGUGGAAUCCCCGAUCCACUGCGUGGACAUAUCUGGGCGUUUUGCAGUGGUGCCUGCUUCAUGUGGGAAAAGGAGCGUGGUUACUACCACCAGAUUCUCCACGAGAACAAAGACAACACCAGUACAGCGACAGAGGAAAUCGAAAAAGAUAUUAGACGAACGUUCUCCUAUCAUCCCUACUUCAAGUCUGAAGAUGGUAUCAAUUCACUGAGGCGUGUUCUCACCGCGUACAGCUGGCGAAAUCCAACUAUUGGCUACUGUCAGAGUAUGAAUGUUGUCGCCGGUAUUAUGCUGAUGUACAUGCAGGAGGAAGCUGCAUUCUGGGUGCUCUGUCGUGUCUGUGAGGUAUUCCUCAAGGACUACUAUGUUACUGCGAUGAUUGGAUCGAUCAUCGAUCAAAAGAUCUUUGCUCACCUGGUCAAGCUGCACCUGCCCGACGUCAACGCACACCUUGAUAAGAUAGGACUUCCCAUCAACAUUGUCUCACUGCCUUGGUUCAUGUGUUUAUUUGUAUCAUACAUUCCAUUCCCCGUUGCAACAAGAGUGGUCGAUUGUUUCCUUCUUGAAGGUACAACUGUUUUAUUCCAAACUGGACUUGCAAUUCUAAAGAUAAACAAGAAAAAGAUUUUGGCAGAGAAAGAUUCAGAAGUGGUUGUACAUUUAUUGAAAAACAAUGAUUACGAUGUAGAUGAGUUGGAUAGAGUGGCUUUUGAGGAUUUUAAUAUUUUAGACGAUGAAAUCAAUGAACUAAGAAAUGCACAUAAAUUCAAAGAGAUCAAACUGUCUUUAUAUUAUAUUAGUUAUAAUCCAAUAAAAGAAGUAACAAUAUCAAUAUUUAGUAGUAAGAAUGUUGGCAACCAAACAAAUUAUGCUGUAGGUAUAUCAAUUAUAAUAUUUGCAAUAAGACUUGGUGGUGGACAUGGUGGAGCACCAAUUCCAUAUCCAUCGGCAGUUAUUGAGAAUGCAGGUGAAACACAAAAGAUGAAUCUUUUCCAAGCUAUCAACAAUGCUAUGGAUAUCUCAUUGAGAACAGACGAAAAAGCAUGUAUCUUUGGUGAGGACGUUGGAUUCGGUGGUGUCUUCCGUUGUACCGUCGAUCUUCGUGAUAAAUAUGGUGCAAAGCGUGUAUUCAACACUCCACUCUGUGAACAAGGUAUCGCUGGUUUUGCCAUCGGUAUGGCUGCACAAGGUGCAACUGCCAUCGCUGAGAUUCAAUUUGCAGAUUAUAUCUUCCCUGCUUUCGAUCAAAUUGUUAAUGAAGCAGCUAAAUAUAGAUAUAGAUCAGGUGGACAAUUCGAUUGUGGAAGUGUAACAUUUAGAGCACCUUACGGUGCAGUCGGACAUGGUGGACAUUAUCACUCGCAAUCGCCAGAGUCAUACUUUGCUCAUACACCAGGUUUGAAGGUAGUCAUGCCAAACACACCGGUCGAAGCAAAGGGACUGCUGUUGGCAUCGAUUCGUGACAAGAAUCCAGUUGUAUUUUUCGAACCAAAAUUAUUGUACAGAUCGGCAGUCGAAGAGGUGCCAAUCGGUGACUACGAGAUUCCACUUGGAAAGGCACGUGUCGUCCAAGAGGGUUCCGACAUCACCAUCGUCGGUUGGGGUUCACAAAUGAGAGUGUUGAAUCAAGCCGUACACAUGGCAAAGGAGAAACUUGGUAUUUCAUGCGAACUGAUCGAUCUUCGUACCAUUUUGCCAUGGGAUGUCGAAGCGGUCGAGGCAAGCGUCAAGAAGACCGGAAGACUGAUUAUCAGUCACGAAGCACCAAAGACUGGUGGUUGGGCUGCUGAAAUCUCAUCGACCAUUCAAGAGCGUUGUUUCCUCCACUUGGAAGCACCAAUUCAGAGAAUCUGUGGUUACGACACUCCAUUCCCAUUGAUCUUUGAGAGAUUCUACGUACCAGAUCAUUUGAAGAAUUUCGAAGCAAUCAAGAAAUCUGUUAAAUAUUAA